GGCACUGUUCAUGUCGCCACAAACAGGAAAUAACGAAGGUACGUUAUUACAGCAGAUGUUUCACGAUACGCUUACACCACUGUUAAUUAAUAUUGUAACAUAUGACAGUGGACUUAUCCAUUUUAAAUACAUUGUAGCUGGUGUCGUUAUUCUGUUCUGUUCAUGAACAUUCUGUUCAUACAGUGCAAUGUAGUUCUAGCUACAGCACAUAGCUACAAGUAAGGCUGUCGUUAGAUCAGAAUCAGGCUAAGAUGUGAAAUGUUUUGCCACUGUGUCUUCGGUCCUGUUCACAUCAGUUAUUGUGAAUUCGGCUGGCAUUUUACAGUGGUACGCUGCUUUGCCUUGACAACCGUGUACAAACCCUUGAAUUGAGCAUAACAUCUAAACCCAAAUCUAAGCGUUACAUGCAUGAUGUCCAACUCAGUGGAUAUACACACUCAGUUAGCCUCUGUUAUGGAGGUGUUUGCCAAAUCAGCACUAGCAGAGAUGAGCAAACUAGUCGACAACGACUCGACUCUCUUACGUCAAGAAAUAUCCAGACGAGAGAGGGAGAUAGAAGCACUCUGGCGGCGACUGCAACUAACAGAACACGAGCUGAAAUCGGCGCGACAAACACAAGCUAAAAAGUCUUCAGUCAACUCGCGCUCAGUUGGAAUUCAAGUGAAUGAUGGAGCAUCGCAUGAGCACGUUGGCAUCUCCAGCUGGGCCAGCCCAGUUCUGGCUGAAAGAGGCUCUACAGCAGAGUGGAAAGAUCCGAUUGUGCAUUCAUUCUCUCUUGAGGUGGAUGUAGAGGAGGAGGAAGAUGAGGAGGACGAAGACGAACAAGGACCGUUUCAGAUCAAAGAGGAGAAGUCUGAAGAGGAGCCAUGGAACAAGACUGAUGGUGGUGCUGCAGUAGAUGAGGGAGACUGCUGGGAGGAGGAGGUAGACACGACAAGCACACCUGAAGAAGUAGAGGUCUUGGGUCAGCGUGCCCCAGCUGAACCAACGCUCUAUGGUGCCUGGGAGGACUGCACCACUGCGGGGGAAGCAGGCCUGAGCACAGACCACCCAGAGGAGGUCCUGCCUUCUUCUCUGCCCAUGCCCCACCUCCUGCAGCAGCCACACACCAUGUCACACCCCCCUCUGGCACACGCCCUCCAGAGAGAUCAGCGCUGCCUCCUGUCCUCUCACCACCAAGACCCACCCCCUCCUAUUCUGCCCCUCCAGCAUCGCCAUGGCGACGUCACCAGCGCUUAUGGCAUGGCCGAGCACCCGUCCGUGGGGGUGGGCGCCGGUGGGGAGCCUGCAGAGGGCCGUGAUGGGGGCAAAAGGUCGCGGUGCAGCCAGUGUGGCAAGACAUUCACCACGCACUUCUACCUGAAGAUCCACCAGCGCAUACACACCGGGGAGCGUCCCUUCACCUGCACGGCCUGUGGCAAGCGCUUUUACUGCACAUCCCACCUCAUCUCUCACCAGCGCUGCCACACCGGCGAGAAGCCCUACAGCUGCCUGGAGUGCGGCAAGGCCUACUCCCACCUCAACUCCCUCAAGCUUCACCAGCGCAGCCACACAGAGGAGGGCGGCCUGGGUUACGCCUGAGGGCCCUGAGAGAGGGGGGGGGGGGGGGGUAGAUACCUGGCCUGGUAUGGCAUGGCUCCCAGACCCCUGAUGGCGGGGGGGCUGUUUGGUAUGGGGCAGGUGGGGGUAUGUUGGUUGUAAUUCUGAUGCCAUGCCUGAUGCCGUGCCCUUUUCUUGGGUGAAUUGGGGGGGGGGGGCUUAGAGUGGGGUUGUGGGUGUGUGCGGCUGUUUUGUGUGUAACGGCCCCUUAACUGCUCAUCAAACACCAGCUGCCCCCAACCCCCACCACAGUAAGAUGACCUCACACUGAUGCACAAGGCUGAAUGUGUCGAGUCAAAAUGGGGAUGAACAGCUGGGGCUCAGAAGGCUUGCAUGUUUGUGUGUGUGUGUGUGUGUGUGUGUGUGUGUGUGUGUGUGUGUGUGUGUGUGUGUGUGUGUGUGUGUGUGUGUGUGUGUGUGUGUGUGUGUGUGUGUGUGUGUGUGUGUGUGUGCGCGCAUGCCUGUUAGUGUCUGUCAGAGCAAGAGAGCACAACCAGAUUUUUUUUUUCU